AGCAGGCACUUUGUCAGACUACCAUGUCAUGUUGUGACAGGGACAGAGCACUUUUACACACGCCAUGGUCGAUAAUGGGCAGUUGUACGAACAAGUGAGAGAGAAGUGACUUGUCAGGAAAGCAGCACCCUUUCCCUACCCUCAUAUAAAGCUCAUGCUCCAAAGACUGAAUGGCACUUUUAGCAGAAGGAAGAAAAAGCCACCCGACACGGAAGACGCGGAAGCUACGUGUGGCCUAUGAGGCUUCCAAUGGUGAGAAGGAUGAAGAUGCUGAGCCCCUCAAAAUGCCAAUGUGGGAGCCCCAGAACUGGCAGCAGCAACUGGCCAACAUCCGAAUCAUGAGAAGCAAGAAGGAUGCACCUGUGGACCAGCUGGGCGCCGAGCACUGCUAUGAUGCCAGUGCCCCCCCAAAGCAGGUGCAGAGAUACCAGGUACUCCUAUCGCUGAUGCUCUCCAGCCAGACCAAAGACCAGGUAACAGCGGGUGCCAUGCAGCGCCUACGGGCCCGGGGCUUGACCGUGGAAAACAUCCUGCAGAUGGAAGACGACAUGCUGGGCAGGCUCAUCUACCCUGUGGGCUUCUGGAGGAACAAGGUCAAGUUCAUCAAGCAGACAACCGCCAUCCUGCAGCAGCGCUAUGAAGGGGACAUCCCUGCGUCCGUGGCAGAGCUAGUAGCCUUGCCAGGUGUUGGACCCAAGAUGGCACAUUUGGCCAUGGCUGUGGCCUGGGGGACUGUAUCAGGCAUAGGUGAGUGGCUUGUGCCUCACAGAGGGAGAAGUUAACUCUGAGCUUGCUUGCCUCUGUUGGGGGUUCCCCAAUUUUUUUUUAGUUAAACCAGAAUAUCAAAAGGGUGUUCUCAGGGGCUGGAGAUAUGGCUCAGAGGUUAAGAGCACUGACUCUUCUUCC